AUGAAAAAGGAAGCCCUCCUGUCUCUGAACUGCCACAUAAAGAGCCGCUUUUACACAGUCAAACUCUCAAACGCCACUGGCACCUCCACAGAGGCCGAUUUCACACCCCACCCGCAGUUGGUGAAGCUCAGCAGCUCAGGACAAUCGGUGUCCAUCCCAUGCUUCUGGGCGUGCACUGGAAAACUCCGCCCCUCUCUCUUUCGCCGCCUGCAAGCGGACCGCAAUGAUUUAGAAGUUAAGGAAUCCCACUCCAACGUGGUUUCUUCUGAGCGACUGCUUCACGUUUUCUACACUUGUUUGUUUUAUGAUACUUUGGCCAGAGUGAUGAACUCGGACCAGGAAAGGCCGUACAUUUGCAAUGCUCCCGGCUGUUCUCAGCGGUUCCCCACGGAGGACCAUCUGAUGAUACAUCGACACAAACAUGAGAUGACACUUAAGUUCCCCCCCAUAAAAAACGACAACAUGUUAUCAGACCAGACGCCCACACCUACACGUUUCUUGAAGAACUGCGAAGAGGUGGGAUUGUUUAAUGAACUGGACUGCUCCAUCGAGCAGGAGUUUUGCAAAGCGCAAGAAGAGGAGGACAGUAAACAGAACAUCUCGCUUCAUGGCCAAGCCGGCCAAGGUCACCAGCAGUCCCAUUCACGGAUGGCCAAUCAUGACACCAGCAUCGUGAUCCAGCAGGCCCUGCCCUCUCCUCAAUCCAGCUCUGUCAUCACUCAGGCUCCAUCCACAAACAGACAGAUAGGGCCUGUUCCCGGCUCUUUGUCCUCACUGCUGCACCUACGAAACAGACAGAGACAGCCUCUGCCAGCCUCCAUGCCUGGAACUCUGCCAGACCCGACCAUGCCUGGCUCCUCCGCUGUGCUGAUGCCUAUGGAGAGACAAAUGUCCAUGGGUUCGAAUAUGAUGGGCAUGCAAAGCCCCGCCCACAGCAGCUCCUGCUCCUCUACUCACAUUCCCUCCAUGCACUCAGAAGCCAAACUGAGGCUAAAGGCUGCACUUUCCCACCAUCCUGGUGCCAUCGCCAACGGCAACAUGAAUUCCAUGGGCCACAUGAUGGAGAUGAUGUCAUCACGGCAGGAGCAAGGCGGCCACCACCACAUGCACUCGCAUCCGCACCAGCACCUGCAAGCCCCCCCCCACGCGUACCAGCACCACGGACACCACCACCACAACCAGGGCCAUAACCAGGGUGCACACCACCACCCGCAGGGACACAACCCCCAUCACAACUCCCACAAUCCCCACCUCCAUCCUGGGCACCCACACCAGACGUCACCGCACCCUCCAAUGCACUCUGCUAGCCAGAUGUCACCCGCCACCCAGCAGAUGCAGCCCACGCAGACGCUGCAGUCCCCGCCGCCCAGCGGGGGGCGGCGCAGAAGGGUAGUGGACGAGGAUCCAGACGAACGGCGGCGGAAGUUUCUGGAGAGAAACAGGGCGGCUGCAACCAGAUGCAGACAGAAGAGAAAAGUGUGGGUCAUGUCUUUAGAGAAGAAGGCAGAAGAGCUCACCCAGACCAACAUGCAGCUUCAGAAUGAAGUGACCAUGCUAAAGAAUGAGGUGACCCAACUCAAGCAGCUUCUGCUUACACACAAGGACUGUCCCAUCACCACUAUGCAGAAAGAGUCCCAGGGUUACCUCAGUCCAGAGAGCAGUCCGGCGGGGAGUCCGACCCCAGCAUGCUCCCAGCAGCAGCAGGUCAUCCAGCACAACACCAUCACCACCUCCACUACGACUGUAGGGGGCAGCAGCGUGCACGGGCAGACCAACCACCGCACAGACAUUAACCCCAUCCACUAGGGACCAGAGCUGCAGCUACAAGCCCCCUCCCACCGCCACCCCUGCUCUGUGAGGGUCACCUGCUGCUCACGCCGCCCCUCCCCCUCCGUUAGGAAAAACCUCAAAGGCCUGGGACACUGUUCUUUUUACAGUAGCUACAGUAUAUUUUCAUAGACCAAACCCAUAAAGGCGUAGAAGCUCAGAGGUUUGCUCCCUUUUUGUUUUCGUGCUUGGCCUGAAAGAGAAUUUUGUGAAUCCCAUGCACUAUUUCCUCUGUUGUGUAAUGGGACAAGCUAUGAAACCACAGCGGUCAUGGAAGCAGAGGAGAGAGAAGUGAGCAUCGGACUCUUAAGCAUAAUCUCUAUAAACAUGUCUUACAUCUCUUUAUGCCUAAUGGACUGAGUAACCAGUCAAAUCCCAAUCUAUGUGUCACAUGUGGACAGUGCUGAGCGUUUACAGCCCGUUUUGCAUGCAGAAACCGAGUGAAACUGCUGCCAUGAGGUCAGAAACACAAGAAUAUGCAAGCAGGUAGAAUGCUUUUUUGUUGUUGUUGUCGUUACGACUGUUAACAUUUGUUCUGUCUGCAGUAUUUCUACAGAGCUUUACGAUAUACAGCAUGACAGUGAUGACACUGUAUUACCAAAUGUAAGCAAUACAUCUCAGUAUUGAUCAUCUUCUCCACUGUUCGCCCACUUUACGAUCAGACUGGCCAAGGACAUACGAUGCUGUUUCAGCUACAGAACUGUACACUGUGAUACCGGUGAGGCAGCUCAGGGGUUGAGACCAACUCAGCCUUACUGCAGGACCAACCCAAGCUUUAAUCAUUGAGGCCUCUUUUUUGUGUGUGUGUGUGUGUGUUGUGCAUUGAGAUCCAUAUUUUGGAUCUAAAUUCCAAAUGAAAAUAACCUAUGACUGCACAUGAAUGUUGUUUAUUUCUUCUCCUUUCCCUUCUUUUCACUGCAGAACAAAGUUCAGCAGCUGUGACAGAGCAGCUGACAGAGAAAAGAAAGACAUGCGUGAGAAAGUGAGAAAGAUUUUAACCUUGGUUUUUUUUUCUCUUCUUUUUUUUUUUCUUUGGUGAACUGGCAUCCUUGAAGUGGUCAAUCCUUCGCAUGUUCUCCAAGACGUCACAACGUGCCUGAAUCUCUGUUAGCUUAAUAUAGACAGAAACUUAUUUUAACCAGCUAUUAUCUUUUUUUUUCUUUUUUUUAAAAGAAGUAACUUUUACUCAUUUUAUCUGCAACAUAAAAGGCCAAAAACCCUUUGUGUCCCAGAUGGAUAUAUGCCUGACCUUUUCUGUCACCCUGCCUGCCUUGAAACUUAAUACCUUCACUCCACAGCUCCUCUUUCUUUCCUCCUCCCUAUGACCAGGAAUGUCAGUUUGUUAGCAUGAAGACCACAAUGCACUGUGUUUUACAGUAGGACGAGUGAAAUACAUUCCACUGACAGGUGGAGCAAUCGCAGAGCUGUCCUUUGCACUUUGUCCUCUGUAAUACCAGAGGGUGAAAUAGCCAUAUUAAGGUCAGAGUAAUUCUCAGUGAUCCCCCAUCUUCACACACCAGCGUUUGUGUGUUUGGCUCUCUGGAGAGACUGUGCCUGGCUUUCUUCUAACGGGAACUUGGAGCGUAACAUAAGAAAGCCACCGUUUCAUUUGUGCUUUUCUUAUCAAGGAAAAAAAAAAAAGUUCUCGUGUAAGAUGAAGAAAUCGAAAGUGCGGGAAUUUGUAGUUUUUAUGUCAUUUCUUAACUUUGGAAUCUGCAUGUGCAGUUCAGUAUGUGUGUCGAUGAGUCAGAGAGAUUCUCUUGAAAAGGGCUCUGUUGUACCAACCCUCUGGACUAAUGCUUGCCUUAUUUUCACGAUUCAAAACCCUAUUUGAAUUAAACCAUUCCAACUUUUUGUGGCUUAAAUGCUGGUUACCUUAAAAUUCUUUCAACUGGAGUUAUUCGGUUGACCUACAAGCUACAUCUGACUUUCAUUUUUGACUGCGGAUUCAGGUUUAGAAGAAAAAAAGUUCUCGUGUAGGCAAACAAAGAGGUCGAGAUGGAAGUGCAGCAUAUGUGUGUAUCUCUGCGGAUUUGUGUGUGAGAGAAUGACUAUUCCAACGUAGUAAUGAUGCAAUUGUAUUAUUUUAAAUCUAAAACUAUAAAUAUUGUACAUAAUAUCAUUAAUUUCUAUAAUCGUGUACAUGUAAUGCAACCACCUUUCUUUUUGAAGGGAGAGUAAAUGUGGUACGUUUGUAAAUAAUGUUUUCAUAGCACUUGUUGCCUUUUGUUGUACGUCGAUGAUCAUUACAGCGCUUAAGUACAUUGUUGAUGUGUAAUGAACUGAUGACUCCCAUCUUGCCUGCAUAACUUUGUACAUUUUUGUGUGCAUUUGUCUUGUGAUUACAUUGUCCUCAUGUUAUUUUGCAUUUGUACAGACGUUACAGUUACAUUAUGGUAUGAAAAUAAAGCAC